AUGUCAAUAAAACCUCCUUCCAAGUCUGUAUUUGUUGGAAAUAUUCCUUAUGGUCUUACCGAGGAACAGAUAAUAGAUAUCUUCAGCAGCGCGGGAAAUGUUGUCAAUUUUCGACUUGUCUAUGAUCGCGAAACAGGUAGACCCAAAGGCUUCGGUUUCGCAGAAUAUCCCGAUUCAGAUUCUGCAGCUUCUGCAGUAAGGAAUUUAAACGACUACGAAAUUAUGAAUCGAAAAUUGCGCGUUGAUUUCUCAAAUGAUGGUGGUGAGGAAGAGAAUUCUGCGCCAAACUAUCAACCUCCCCCUCUCAAUACAAAUGGCCUUCCAGUUCCACCUCCAUCUCUACCAAUUCCUCAAGCCUCAAACACCGCCCCAUUGCCGCCUCUGCCAAUAGGCAUCGAGUUACCCCAAGGCCUCACCUGCCCUGAUGCUAUCUCUCGCACUCUCAACACUCUCCCUCCAUCCCAACUUCUCGAUGUACUCUCUCAAAUGAAGACCCUUGCCUCGACCGAUCCUCAAAAAGCGACCGAACUCCUCCAUCAAGCUCCCCAACUCUCCUAUGCCGUUUUUCAAGCCCUUCUUCUGAUGGGCCUUGUUCAACCCGAAGCCCUCUCGUCCAUUAUCGAAUCAUCGAUCGCAGCACCAGUAUCCGCUCCCCCCGUCCCAAGUAUCCCUCUACCCGUUGCGGCUAUUCCUCAAUAUGGAGGUUCGGCAUACCCAUCUGGGUAUCCCCCUCCUCCUCCACAUAUGUCAGGCCAGAUGGGUUUGCCAAUGAUGGGUACGCCGCCAGUGCAAGGUUAUGCGCCACCUCCUCCACAACAAAGACAAGCUCCCCCACCACCAGCUCAAGUAGCCGAACCAGAUGCAGAUGCGUUGAUGGCGCAAGUUAUGGCCAUGCCACAGGAAUUGAUCGAUAGUCUGCCACCAGCUGAUAGGGCACAAUUGAUGGCACUGAGAGCCCAGUUUCGUGGAUAA